AUGUUUUUUGGUGACAAGAAAGCCGUUGCGGACGUGGUUGCGUCACUUCAGAAGGAACUUCUCCUUCGUGUGACUGGAGAGCUUUCCGAGGGCCAAAAAGCCACUUUCCUCGGACGCCGCGUGCGGCAAACCUCCACUUCCGUUGAGAUGUUCAUGGAAACUUCGUACAUUGAUCGCAUCCUUGAGCAGGCUAGCAUGAAAACUUGCAAGGCUGCGCCGACUCCAGGCACAGAUGCCUUGAAGAAAGGCAAGGCCGAACUUGCGAAGGCACUUUCGCCAGAAGAGCAGCAGUAUCGCAAGCUUGUUGGUCAAUUGCUUUGGUUGUGCAAUUUGCGUAUGGACAUCAUGUGUGAGGUGGAGGAGUUGUCUCGCGGACUUGCCGCGCCGACCACGGAUCAUUGGGCAAAGCGUGGUACCAAGGGCUACGUGCAAGAGAUUUGUCCAAAACUUCGCCGCUCGGAGAAGGAUUCCUCGUUGGAUGUUCAGGUCCAAGAGCUUGUGACUUCUGGCAUGAUCAC